CAGAGAACGCUUUCUUAUUUUAUUUUUUUUCCAAGUCAACAUGCCCGUCUAGACUUUGAGCUUUAUUGCAAGUCAAGAGAAAAUGGGCUGGAUCACCUUAAAAAAAAAAAAAAAAAAAGGUCUCAGCUAGCUUCACCGGAGGCUUGUUCCUCUGCAAACAUCUAUCUGUAGGCAAACGCUGAGAAAGUUGGACUCGGGCCUGGCUGGAGGGAGGAAGGCCACCCCCUCCCCUAUUUUCCGGAGCAGAGUUUCCAAUCCCAGUCAAGCGGUGGUGCUAAGUGCUUGCUUCUGAGGCUCUGCGUUUCCUAAUUUCAUGGUCAUAACAGCCUCGGAACGGAUUCUACCAAAACUGAAAACACAAGGUUCCAUGCUCAGCAGCCCUGUGGCGCCAGGAGAGGCCAAUGCCCCCUCCUCUGCCGUUCUGUGGCACAAGAAGGCGGUCUCUGGGUGACAUUCUUCUCAAGCAGGCAGUUAUCGUCUAGCAUGGCUGCUUGUUCCUAAUAUGCUAUUAAUCACGGACACACAAAUAAGGAGCACCCUUGCGGAGGUGGCCCGUCCGCUGCUGAGCGCUCUGCGUGCGCAGGGAGCCUGCCUGCACCUCGCCGGCCGCCCCUGACCAUGACCAUGACCCUCCACACCAAAGCUUCGGGAAUGGCCUUGCUGCACCAGAUCCAAGGGAACGAGCUGGAGCCCCUUAACCGCCAGCAGCUCAAGGUGCCCCUGGAGAGGGCCCUGGGCGAGGUGUACGUGGACAGCAGCAAGCCCGCUGUGUUCAACUACCCCGAGGGCGCCGCCUACGAGUUCAACGCCGCAGCCGCGGCUGCCACGGCGCCGGUCUACGGCCAGUCGGGCAUCGCCUAUGGCCCCGGGUCCGAGGCUGCCGCCUUCGGUGCCAACAGCCUGGGGGCUUUCCCCCAGCUCAACAGCGUGUCGCCCAGCCCGCUGAUGCUACUGCACCCGCCGCCGCCACAGUUGUCGCCCUUCCUGCACCCGCACGGCCAGCAGGUGCCCUACUACCUGGAGAAUGAGCCUAACGCCUACGCCGCCGCCGUGCGCGACGCCGGCCCUCCCGCCUUCUUCAGGUCCAGUUCUGAUAAUCGACGCCAGAAUGGCCGAGAGAGACUGUCCAGCAGUGAGAAAGGAAGCAUGGCCAUGGAGUCUGCCAAGGAGACUCGCUACUGUGCAGUGUGCAAUGACUAUGCCUCUGGCUACCAUUAUGGGGUCUGGUCCUGCGAAGGCUGCAAGGCUUUCUUCAAGAGAAGUAUUCAAGGACACAAUGACUACAUGUGUCCAGCUACAAACCAGUGCACCAUCGACAAGAACAGGAGAAAGAGCUGUCAGGCCUGCCGGCUGCGCAAGUGUUACGAAGUGGGCAUGAUGAAGGGCGGGAUACGGAAGGACCGUCGAGGAGGGAGAAUGCUGAAGCACAAACGCCAGAGAGAUGACUUGGAAGGCAGGAGUGAAAUGGGGCCUUCGGGAGACAUGCGGGCCGCCAACCUUUGGCCGAGCCCCCUCGUCAUCAAGCACACUAAGAAGAACAGCCCCGCCUUGUCCUUGACAGCUGACCAGAUGGUCAGUGCCUUGCUGGAUGCCGAACCGCCCUUGAUCUAUUCGGAGUAUGAUCCUUCUAGACCUUUCAGCGAAGCUUCAAUGAUGGGCCUACUCACCAACCUGGCAGACCGGGAGCUGGUUCACAUGAUCAACUGGGCGAAGAGGGUGCCAGGCUUUGGAGACUUAAAUCUCCACGAUCAGGUCCACCUCCUGGAGUGUGCCUGGCUGGAGAUCCUGAUGAUUGGCCUCAUCUGGCGCUCCAUGGAACACCCAGGAAAGCUUCUGUUUGCACCUAACUUGCUCCUGGACAGGAAUCAGGGUAAAUGUGUAGAGGGCAUGGUGGAGAUCUUUGACAUGUUGCUGGCUGCGUCGUCUCGGUUCCGCACGAUGAACCUGCAGGGAGAGGAAUUUGUGUGCCUCAAAUCCAUCAUUUUACUUAAUUCUGGAGUGUACACAUUUCUGUCCAGCACCUUGAAGUCUCUGGAAGAGAAGGACCACAUCCACCGAGUCCUGGAUAAGAUCACAGACACUUUGAUCCACCUGAUGGCCAAAGCUGGCCUGACUCUGCAGCAGCAGCAUCGUCGUCUGGCCCAGCUCCUCCUCAUUCUCUCCCACAUCCGGCACAUGAGUAACAAAGGCAUGGAGCAUCUCUACAACAUGAAAUGCAAGAACGUUGUACCCCUCUAUGACCUGCUGCUGGAGAUGUUGGAUGCUCACCGCCUCCAUGCCCCAACCAGUCGCAUGGGGGUCUCCCCAGAGGAGCCCAGCCAGAGCCAGCUGACCACCGCCAGCUCCACUUCAGCACAUUCCUUACAAACCUACUACAUCCCCCCAGAAGCAGAGGGUUUUCCCAACACAAUCUGAGAGCUCCCAGGCUCCCCCAAGGCUCUGAGAAUCCCUGCAGCAUUUUCCCCAUGUUAUGUAUCACUUUAGCAGAAUUCUGUCUCCUGCAUACACUCUGGCAUGCGUCCACCACCAGUGGCUUUCUAGUAUGAGUGACCAUUCAUUUGCUUGCUCAGUUCUUAGUGGCAUGUCUUCUGUUGGGAACAGCCAAAAGGGAUUCCAGGGCUAAUUCUUGGUAACAGCUGUUUCCCCCUUUGCUACAUCGCUAAGUCUGAGGAUUCCUGUAGUCUUCAUGACCAAAUUGAGAUAACUGCAUUGAAGCUACUAGUUGAGACCCAAGCCUAGAGAGUUGACAUUUCACCUCCGAUAAGCACUUUGUAUAUGGCUCCAAGAGUAAGCCUCAGCAAAGACUUUGAAGUGGCUCCUUUAAUUGAAGCCUUCGAGAAAGCUAUCUCAUGGGUUCCGUAAUGCACUCUCUUGUAUUCCUAUAGCAACAUUUGACUUGAUUAAAGGGAACUAUUGAGCCCCUAUAGGAAUACAAGAUGCACACAGGGAAGGAAGCCCCCACCCCACCCCCCGGCUCCUGUUGUCAAGACCCUGUCAACUUAAUACACUGCACCUUCCAGCUUCUAAAGCGUCAACUGCUGAGCACUGUACACAGGUCAUGGGUUCUAGAUAAUUCUUUUUCCCACGACUUGUGGGAACCAGUAAGUCAGUUUCAGUUAACACCCUGACAUGAGGGCUAUAGGGUGUUUGGAUCUUAUUUGAUUUUCAUUUUAUAAUUACCCUUCUGCCCCUGGGGUUUGCAGUAAAGGCGGCUUGGGUACUUGCUUUGGUGAGUCUAGCAUUCAUCAGCAGAGGGCACUCUCCUUGUCUCCUCCCCAUGUGAACUGCCCUGAAUUGUCUGUCCCCUUGUAGAGCAACCAAGGGCAGUUACAACGAACCUAUGCUCUGACUAUACCUUUUGUUUUACUUAGUUUUAUUCUUGAGUGGAGAGCACAUAAUAAAUGUACAAUGACUGUGACUCAAAAGGAGUCUGAACAAGAAGGAGAAAUGUGCAGAAAGACCCAGCCAUAGGCAGCAGCUUCCCUGGAGUAUCCUUCACAGCAACACACAGUGGAGCUGCCCUCGGAUCCACUGGCUGGUGGCCUCUUCAUUCCAGGUAUGGGCCUGAAAUGAUGAGUCGACGGUAGAUAUCUGAGUUCCUUCAGAUCCUCCAGAAGCUUGAGGGAGGCAUGGGGGCAAGGUCUUGGAGCACUCAUGACUCAGGCUGAUGAGGGGUUGCUCAGAUUAGAGUGUCCUUGUCUAUUCGGAACUCAUCCCCGAACCAGCUGGUGUGGCCCUGGGGAGGAAAAUUCAUCCCUCUCCACAGCUCAUGUUCUUAAACUUCAUAAGGCAGAGACUGAGGCCAGAAUUGGGCCAUGAGAGACCUUUGACCAAGGGGAUAAAAAGAAAGGCCUACCCUAGCCACCCCUACCCACGCCCCCUGGGGUGUUGGCCUCUCUAGUGAAACUAAGGAUUAUUUCCUGUGCUUGAUCAAAAUGAAAGGUUGGUUUCCUUCCCUGACUUCAUUAUCCAUAAUUUGAACUCCAUCGAGCUGUGACGUGUUAGCCAACAACCCAGGUGAAUGGCUAGGUUUCUCUUGGUCUGUCCUCUUUGGAAUGGUGGGUUCCAUUAAUUUCUGGCCUCCCGGUUAAGUGACUACCAAAGAACUGGGAAACUGGGAGGGCCAUUGUUUUUUCUCCUUUUUUUAAUUUUUCCUAUUUGUGCAUCAAAUUCUGGGACAAUUUUAUGUAUCUGCUUUAAGAAUAUGUUUAAGGACAUAAUUCAUUUGUUUGUAUUUGUUUAAAAGCACCUUAUAUAGUAUAAUAUAUAUUUUUUUGAAAUUGAAUUGCUCGUUUAUCAGACAAUUGAAUGUAAUAGUUCUGUUCUGAGUUUUAAUUUGACUGGGUUUUAACAUUGCAAAAACCAAGGGAAAAAUAUUUAGGUUUUUUGUAGACUUUUCAAGCUACCAUGUCAUGUAUGCAGUUAUUAAUACCUAAAGCCUGGUGAUUUUCAUUUAAAUGAAGAUCACAUUUCAUAUCAACUUUUGUAUCCACAGUAGACAAAAUAGCACUAAUCUGUAUGCCUAUUGUUGGAUGUUGAAUGAUAGACAAUCUUAUGUAGCAGAGAUUAUGCCUGAUAAGGAAAAUUAUUCAGGGCAGCUAAUUUUGCUUUUACCAAAAUAUCAGUAGUAAUAUUUUUGGACAGUAGCUAAUGGGUCAGUGGGUUCUUUUUAAUGUUUAUACUGAGAUUUUUCUUUUACAAAAAUAAAAACAAAAAUAUAAAAAAAAAACUUCUAGGACUUUAGAUGAUGUAAUACCAGCUAAAUCCAAACAAUACUCUAGUGGAGGGUUUUGCAUUAUCCAUCGACUGUGUUUGUAUUCAUGUUAUGAUAACACAUUUGAAAUAGGCAGAGAACACCAGACAGCUGAAGUAUUAGCCCACAAGUUUCAAAUAAUGUUUGGAAAUCUCUUUUUACCCUUAUCUGAAGUGCCAAUUCUGAGCAGCUGACAUAUUUCAGCUGCUGUUGUGUUGGGGGCAUUGGGGACAUGCCAGAGAGUCAUACCUGUACCUUUCUCCCACCUGGAGGCAAUUUAAAAUUGGAAUGCCAUGAUCUGUCUAGAGUUGGGCUGAGGUGGGAACGUAGAUCUGGGAACUGGAAGAAUGGGGGAAAUGGUGAUAGAGAGUACAGAGAGUACUCUGGCACCUUGACUGUGCUCCAGGUUUCAGAAUUUCCUUUCUAUCUGCACUGUAAUGAAAUAAUAAGUAGCUCCAUGGGUAGCCAUUUCCAAAAUGUCGGCUUGAAUUCCGAGGAAGAGUGUGGAGGCAGCAGUAAAAUCCAAAGAAUAAUCCAGCAAGGGGUCUGCCUGAGUUUCCUUUAGCCAUUGCUUCGCCUGCUGAUUUGAUUCUGGUCGUCCAAAGAGAAGACCCUAUCAAUGUAAGUGACAAAAUCCAGUCCCCAAAGAAGUGCCAUCUUUGACAGAUUUCCCUGAGAACAUAGCAGAUAUGUUUUUCCAUGACAUAUCUUUUGUCUUUGUAGGGGGGAGGGCUGAACAAGUAAGUGACUUAUUAAUAAUUUCCUUUUAAUUACACUGUCGUGUCCAGACUUCAAAGUCUUACACAUUGAAAAGGUCUUUGACUCCAGCCAUGGGUUUGGAGUUACCCAUAUCCCUGCGUGAAGUCAAUGACAAAUCUCUUCCUAUUCAUGCUUUGCAACUCCGAGUUGUACUGUGGAUACUGAGAACGAUCACUAGGACCAUAGUAAUGUCUAAUAUUCACAGUCAGAUCUGCUUGGGGAACCUAAGUCUUUUAAAGGCAAAUAGAGUCAUACAGUAGCUCACAAGGCAACCAUGAUUCUCUUUGGUGCAAGUCUUGGGAGGUUGAUCCAGCAUACACUUCCUAGAUUAACUCCAUGAAAAUGGACUCCCUUUCAACUGGAGCAAACGAAUCUAACCAUGGUCCCAAACAGCCAUCCUUUCAUUAGUGUGAGUGUGCUCUAUUUCUAGCUUCAUCUCUUUUCCAUUUAAAUUAAGGUAUGGUCUCAUUUAAAGUCCUGUAAACUUGUUUUCUAAGUGGUUGUUGUCUCAGUUAUGGAACUUCAAUUUUGCACUGUCAGAGAUUUGAGAUAAAUUUCUGUUCGCUUUUAUUUUUCUUUCUUUUGCAUCCAAAUGUGCCUGAAAUUUUAAGAUAUGUAAAUGCUGCCAUGUUCCAAACCCAUCUUUAGUGUCUUUGUACAGAGCUGUGCACCCUGGAAAUAUAACACACAGUCCCAUGAGCAGGUGCCUAAGACAUGGACCCCUUUGCAUUCACGGAGAGGUCAUUGGUCAUAGAGACUUGAAUUAAUAAGUGACAUUAUGCCAGUUUAUGUUCUUACACAGCUUACAAACAAUGCUUUUUGUGCACUACAUAUUCUUCAGUGUAGAGCUCUUGUUUUCCGAGGAAAGGCACAGAUGUCCAAUUGUGCUUGAUGGACUAAAUACACUCUGCUACUGAUGCACACUACUAUUGAUGUGAUCCUGUUUUGUUGCAGCUUUGCUUUGUUUAAGGAAACACACUUGUAAGCCUCUUUUGCACCUUGAACCAGUAAAGAAUCCAGUGGGAUGCUCAAGCACCUGUAAACCAUCUUCUCAAUGUAUUUGAUGUUCAAAUAAAAAAAUAAACUAAAGGCAA